GGGAGGAGACGACCGAGGAGAGGGACACCCGCCUUGAUCGUGAGGAGGAGGCACGGUUGCAGUCUAUGCCGAGGUGGGAGGGUAAAGAGGCAUACUUGGCCGAGCAGCGCAGGUUGCAUGAGUUGGAGACUGGCGAGUCUGGCGGAGCACGCCCUACCGGUGGAUCGCAAUUGGGUAGUGGUGGACCGACCGUCGGUGUGCAGACUGAGAGCGAUUGUGGCAUCGAGGGGGAGAGUGCACCCGUGACCGGGGGUGAUACAGCAGGUCGGUUCCAUGGAGAUGAUGGUGAUGAGCCCGCAGAAGUUCACAGCUCCGACGAUGGUGACGGGGGAAAGGCCCCAGACGAGGACUCCAUCGACAGAGUGAUCGUUGACCUUUGCACGACAGAUGUGGGUGGUGGAUUGCAGGGAGCCCAUGACACGUCGCAGAGUGCGGAUGUUGUUGUGGAGGAGGAGGCAGGGUUGCGCACUGACCGUGCGGUUGGUGACAGUGUUCCACGACACAGUCCUGUUAUAGAGGGUGAUGUCCACGUUGGCAACGAGGAUCGGUCGUCCCCACCACGGGAUGUGGAGGGGGACAUAUCCCUCACAUUGAUUGUGAGGCCCCCGUCGGCUUCUUACGCCGAUGAGGGUAUCACGGGUUGCCGCAUGGACGACAGGCCGAGGGGGUCCACUAUAGUCGCUCUUGAUCUAGAGGAGUUGGAGCGCGCGGGGUUGGAGGACUCUAACAAUCACACAGGUCGGAGGAGUGAUCCCCGCCGACCGGCAGAUGGAUUCGCAUUGCCCCUAGGUGGGUACCUGAGAGCCCUCGAUGGUCAGGGUCGUCACGCGACGAGUCACGGACCGUGUGACGAGGGAUUACGACAGCGGAGAGGGGUUGUUUGCACGAGGCCCGUCAGCGGGGGCAGUUGUGGGGGAGGCGGGAGCUGCAGACUCGGGACGACCAAGACUGCACACGAGAGCAUGUAUCCUCAGAUUGUCCGAGGGACAGACGAGGAGGCAGGUGGUUUUCCUGGCCCAGGUGCCGUUGAUGAUAUACGUCGAGGAUUGCCUUACACGUCGGGCGAGGAGGGCGAUUUAUAUAUGCCAGCAGGGGCGCGACGUCACGGAUCGCUGAGUGCACUGGACGCUCAGAUCGCUGCCAAGCAUUAGCGUUUCGACGACUUGGUUCGGGAGCGUGACAGGCUGGUGGAGAUGGAGGGACAAGGGGACGAGGCGGACAUCGAGACAGAGCCCAUCGAUGUU